AUGAAGUCUUUAAAGGCAAAACAAGAAUAUAAAGAGUUUAGAUUGAUAAUUUUGUUUUACUGCUUCUACUAUUACCGUUAUUUUCACUUUUCCUACACAGAAAAGAUGGUGCGAGGUGUGAGAUUUCCUCUCCUGUUGCUGCUGGGGCUGUUUGGGCUACUGCUUCCUCUUUGGGCUGUGCCUCCAGGCUUCACCAAAUUUCGGUGGUUCAAGUUUCAGCACGUCCAUCCAAAUACUGUCCCAUGCAACCAGGCAAUGAUUGCUAUCAACCAACAUCUCCCAACCUGUAAGAAAAUAAACACCUUUCUGCAUGACUCUCUCCAAAAUGUGAUUGGUGUCUGUACUCGGCCCACCAUGCGCUGCAGGAAUGAUGGGAACAACUGCCACCAAAGUUCCCAUACUGUGAACAUGACUGUCUGCCGGUUCACUGGACGGGGUGUGCCUCCUAACUGCCAGUACAGGACUAGGACUAUGGUCAGAAACUACGUUGUGGCCUGUUCACCACGUUCGGUGGGUGACCCUCUGUGUCCGCUGCUUCCUGUACACUUAGAUUAGAUCCUCUAAAGUUUUGAUCAUUUUUUCUCUAUUUUGGCAGUUUCUAUUACAGUUUCUUCUGCUUCUUCUUUUCUUUGCCUUCUCUUUUUCUUUUGUCAACUUCUGUUUUAAUUUUCUUGUUUCCAGGAAAUUAAGAGGGGAGAUAUUGGGAGAAUUAGAGUACCUAAGAUACUGUACCAAACUUGGGAUUGAAUAUAUAUAAAAAUUAUUCUUUUAUGCUUUGGAGAUCUGUCUGUGUUGAGGCAAGGCCAGUAAGG